UUCUUUUUCUUAGCCCUGCCCCUGAAUUGUCAGACGGCGGGCGUCUGCCUCUGAAGUUAGCAGUGAUUUCCUUUAGAGCCUGGCCUUAUCUCCGGCUGCACGUUGCCUGUUGGUGACUAAUAACACAAUAACAUUGUCUGGAGCUGGAAUAAAGUCGGAGCUGUUUACCCCCACUCUAUAGGGGUUCAAUAUAAAAAGCAGGCGGAGAGCUGUCCAAGUCAGACGCACUUCUGCAUCUGCGCUGGGGCGACUGCCGCGAGGGUCCUCCGGGUCUCUGCUGCUGUCCCCGCACGCCACCGCCUCGUGCGUCUUCAGACCGCUCCCACCGCUAUCUCUCCUGGCAGAAACUUCUUUUUCUCCCCAUUAAAGAACAUUUAGACUGAAAGAUCACUUUGAGAUCAGCAUAACCAGAAGCGCUUUGAGGGAACUGAAGCUGCCUUUCUUCUUCUUCCUUCGGGUUUAGUUUGCAGGGGAGGAAUUUUGAUCCCUUUUUCAGAAUGGAUUAUUUCCCCAUGAUUUUCUCUCUGCUGUUUGUGGCUUUCCAAGGAGCUCCAGAAACAGCUGUUUUGGGUGCCGAGCUCAGCACCGGGGCCAAUGAUGGAGGAGAGAAGCCCUUCCCCAGUGCCCCCUGGCGGCCCCGCCGCUGCUCCAAGCGCUGCUCUUGCUCUUCCUUGAUGGAUAAAGAGUGUGUCUACUUUUGCCACCUGGACAUCAUCUGGGUCAACACUCCCGAGCACAUUGUUCCAUAUGGACUUGGAAGCCCUUCUAGGUCCAAGCGAUCCUUAAAGGAUUUAUUUCCUACAAAAACAACAGACCACAGGAAUAGAUGCCAAUGUGCUAGCCAAAAAGACAAGAAGUGCUGGAAGUUUUGCCAAGCAGGAAAAGAACUCAGGGACCAAGACACUGUGGAGAAAGGCUGGAAUGACCAUAAGAAAGGAAAAGACUGUUCUAAGUUUGGAAGGAAGUGUAUUCAUCAGCAGCUGGUAGAAGGAAGAAAAAUAAGAAGGUUGGAGGCCAUCAGCAACAGCAUCAAAACAUCUUUUCGUAUUGCAAAGCCGAAAACUGAACUCUACAGAGAGAAGAAAGUGAACCACAACCGAACACACUGAUUACAGACCGUCCGGUCUGAAGCCAUCUCCUCCGCAGAGAGAGCUGUGCUGUGCGGCUGACUGCACUCUCUCCACACUGGCUGGGAUCAGAGCAAAAGCAUCCUUCUUGCUUAGACUAUUUCUUGUUCCAGACUGGCAAAGGACCAGCAUCCUCCUCCUAAACAUUCCAAGAACGAUUAAGGAGUCCCCCAACCCUUUUUCAUUUGCUUUCAUCAGUGGUAACUGCUUUCCUCUCUCCUCCUUUGGGGUGACAAUGGACCACUCAGAGAAAGCAGAGAGACACAAUGACUUGCAAAUUAUGGUGGCAUCCUUCACAGGGAGGAGAGGAGACUCCACGUGCUGCAGGUGGGGUUCCUGAAGAGGGUAUGAAGGGAGUCUUUGUGUCUCACUCAGGCGCCUGGCACAUUUCAGGGAGAAAUUGUAAAGUCCAUGCUAAGGUUUGCUAAGGAAUGCACAAAUUGAAAACAUACUCUAGUAAAAGAAAAAAAGACUUUUUAAAAAAAAUUCAUAAAUGCAAAACUGAAACUGUUACUACUGUAAAUCGGGAUAUGUUUCAUAAAUAUGAGUCUACCUCACCUGUAUUGCACUCUGACAGAAGUAUUUCCCCACCUUUAAUUAUUUGCCUCCCAAAUUCUUCUCUUUCCUAUUAUCCCCUCCCCUGAAACCUCCAUACUAAAUCCUAGCCUCAUUGAAAUCUGGUCUAAAAUGUCAGUAGUAGAUAUAACAUUUUCAUGGUAAUCUACUAGCUCUGAUCCAUAAGAAAAGAAGAUAAUUGAAUCAAGAGAUUCCCUUACCUUGAUUUUUUGGAAACACAAUGGUAUGGGGUUGUUUAUGAAAGACAUUGAAGAGUAAAUGUUGGUUAUGCUUUAAAGCAGUAAAAUUACUGUUCUUUAUAUAACUGGCGAAUGGAAGAGGUUGGAUUAAAUUUUGAUGUACUUAUUUUUUUAUAGAUAUUUAUAUUCAAUUUAUUCCUUAUAUUUACCAUGUUGAAUAUAUGUCUGGGCAGGCCAUAUUGGUCUAUGUAUUUUUUAAAAUGUAUUUCUGAAUGAAAUUGAGAAAAUGCUUUGUUUUGCCUGUCAAGGUAAUAACUUUAGAAAAUAAAUAUUUUUUUCCCUACUAUA